AUGGAAGGCUGUGAUGUGGUGGGCUUGCUCCUCCUCUUCCCAAUCCACUUCAGUAUCAGGAGAGCCAAUAGAUCAAGCAUGCUGCUUGAUCUGGAACAUGGGAGGAAGGAGGUCUUGAACACUGUCAAGUUCAACUCCAAGACCAGCAAUGAGGACACUGAGUUUGCAUCACUCAAUCUUGUCAACAAGGUCAUGCUCCACCUUGGUUGUGCCCAAUCCCAGCUUGCCACCACCAUCAGCAUCUGGCGCAAGGAGAGCUGCAUGCCCUUCAACCACAUGACCUACCCCACCACUUGA